AUGUAUGGCGAAACGGCCAACAAGCUGGUCCAAAACGCCAAACGCACACUCGCACUGCCACACCUGCCGCCAUACCAGUCAGAGCUCAUCAGAUCUGUGGUGCGCGAGGUACGGGAUCUGGACAAAGAUGUAGCCUCGCUCCUCGCGCCGUACUCCGGUUCCUUCAACCCAGCCUCCUCGCCAGAGACUGCAUGCGCCUUACUCGUCAACCACCUCUGCAUGCGCCGCAACAAACGGUGCUUACUGGCGUACCACAAGGUGCGAAGUAACAAGCUGGAAGAGUACUGCUGGAAUGGUGUGGAUGUACUCGAGCAACAGACCCAGAAAGCCAGUGGCAGUGGUGCUGGAGAAGACGGUGCGGCAGGCGCAGAGAGCAGUCUGUCACCUGAGGAGGAGGAGUAUGUGCGACAGUAUAGUGAUCUCCUGGCUGCCUACAAAGGUCAAUGGACAGACAUCGAUCUGACUGGGAGUCUGGAGCCACCCAAAGACCUGUUCAUCGAUGUACGAGUGUUGAAGGAUGCCGGUGAGAUCCAGACAGAAUACGGAUCCAUUACUUUGACCAAGAACAGCCAAUUCUACGUACGCCACGGGGAUGUCGAGAGACUGAUCCAGCAAGGCUAUCUCCAGCGACUGAGCUGA